GCCGCCACCUCAGCCGCGCUCGGUCCCGACGGACGCUCGCCGCCUGCAGCCUCCCUCCUGCCGCCUCGCGCUGACGGUCCCGCAUACCCGCCGCCGCAGCCGGCGCGCCCGAAUGUCUAUUAUGCCCACCUAUACAGGAACCCAGGAGAUGAUGAGCCAUUAAUGUAGAAUAAGAUCUGACUCUAAAGAAAGAGGCUCACUGGCCCUUUCAUCAUACUUGAGAGAUGUUGAAAAUUAAAUAUCCCCAGUUCAUCCAUGAGCUCGGAUUUCCCACAUUACAACUUCAGGAUGCCUAAUAUUGGAUUCCAGAAUCUGCCUCUCAACAUAUAUAUUGUGGUUUUUGGCACUGCUAUAUUUGUCUUCAUCCUUAGUUUACUCUUCUGUUGCUACUUGAUUAGGCUAAGACAUCAAGCACACAAAGAAUUUUAUGCCUAUAAACAGGUUAUAUUAAAAGAGAAAGUUAAAGAACUGAAUUUACAUGAGCUCUGUGCAGUGUGUCUAGAAGACUUCAAGCCUCGAGAUGAGUUGGGCAUUUGUCCAUGUAAGCAUGCCUUCCACAGAAAGUGCCUUAUUAAGUGGCUGGAGGUUCGGAAGGUGUGUCCGCUGUGCAACAUGCCAGUUCUGCAGCUGGCCCAGCUGCACAGUAAGCAGGACCGUGGACCCCCACAGGGGCCCCUCCCUGGGGCAGAGAACAUUGUAUAGGUCCCCCAAGGAUCAAACUGCUGCGGGAUCCGACGUCCAUGUGGAGCCAGGAGGAACACAAGCGGUCUCUGUGUUGGCUGCUCUACCUGGGGCACCAGCUGCCACUUCCUUUGCCUCAUGAAGAACUCGGGCCAGCUAAGCUGGAAACCCAGACUUCUGGGUCUUGUGACAACCAAAGCACGCUGCCACUACCCCAUGCCAAGAGAAGAGGAGUGGAUGACAGAUGAGCCUUCCGGUUAUGUUCAAGAAAUUUCAUGAGGGUCUCUUGCUGAUGCCAUUACUCUGUCUCCCAGAUACUUAUCUCCGUAUCAAGGUGAAUCUUUAUCAAGCAGAAGGGAAGAUAAACAGAACUGUUAGAGAAGGGAACUGAGGGCAGGUCUUUAAAGCCACCCCUGCCCCCCACCCUGCGGACAGAUGAGCUUCUAUGCAGACCGUGCAUGCCUUUGCAGCAGCAGACCCUCCCGGCAGCCCGAGCCAAGUAAAACCAGCCGUUACCUCAGCUGAAGCACGACUGGUUGCCAGUGAUUGGUGAGGCAGUGCCAACAAGGCUUUUCACAUUAUGUUCCUUUGAUAAGGUCAUCUUGGAACCCAAGGGCUUUGGUUACCACAGAGCAGCAGUGCCCCUUGCCACCCCUUCUCCCUCAAGUUCACGACACUUGCUUAUCAAAUCAUCUAAAAACAUUAGAUGCACUUGGAAAGGCCUGGUCAGAAGCCAUUUCCUCUUCUCUACCCCCUGACUCCCCAGUGAGGCCCGGCCAAGCUGCCCAUCAGGAGCCCGAGCCAGGGGCGGGCCUCUGAGCCCAUGCUGUUCCUGUGUGAGGGUGCUGCCCACACCCCCACGUGCACUGUGCUUCCAGCACAGCUGCUAGUCUCAGCCCACUGCCUUGGUAAGCUCCCAAGGGGAGCUCCUUCCUGAGAAUGGCCAGUCCUCCUGGCCCUGCUGAGAUGAGAGGAUGCUGACCUCCUUUCCUCUCCCCCCUCCUUUCCUGUUCUCUUCCCUCUGACCCUGUUUCUACUUAAGAGAAAAUGCCUGUCGUUGACAUUUUAACAAUUUAAAGCAUCUCAAAUAAGAUCCUUAUGUAAUUAUGUAAUUGUGAAGCCAGGGAUCCACUUGAAAUUGUAAGUAGUGUCAGGAAGCCACUGCAGCGCUCUUCACCCGCUGGUGUGUGCCUCACUCUUCAGACUUCAGUAACUGAAAGUGUCUUUAUAGGAGAGAAAUGCAUGCUGCUCUUUAGCUCUUCUGUCCAACUUUUCUAGAAAUGACUCCAUCCAUUUGGGUUCACGAAUACUGUACAAAUUAGCUAUCUGAAGUGGCUUUGGGUCAGAUAGAAAGUUCUUUUCCACAGCCCUCCUUCUGUCAUAGGGUGGACUCCUUGUCAACAGCUCUGCCGCAUUCCACAGGUGAGGGGGACAGUUUCUCAUUGGAAAUGUGGUCCGCAUCGUAUGGAGAGCGGAUGGAGGAAGCUUUGCUACUCUGUUCACAGCAUGUCUCCAGGGAUUUUUUCUGGAAUCUAGCCUCUACCAUCUUAGAACGGGAGAGGGAACCUGUCCUUGGCUCAGGUGGCUGAGGCCAGAGGAGGAGGAAAAUUCCCACUAGCCUAGGAAAGUGCUGGGCAGAAUCCAACUUGGAAAAUUACAAAUCCAGUUGGUCAGAAUUGGCUGUUUCCUCCGUGUGACCUAUUCAUGGCACGCCAACUGGCUGCUGCUUAAACAGGGCAAGGAAGUGUGGGAUAUUUUUAUAUGAAAGCCUUAGCCUGUUGGGCAUCCUUGAAAAGAACUUUUCGUGCAUUCCUCCUCUCAUCGUUUCUGCGUUCUGUGUUGGUAGCACAAUGGAGCUUAAUGCUGCAAAGCACCCCGUUUACAGUGAAAGGUUUCCAGCGACCGUGUCGGAAGUAAGCCUGGACUAGCCUCAUUAGCGGCCAACACCCACCAUUUCCCAUGGAAUGGCCUUGGGACAGAUCUCACCUUGUCAUUGUGGGGUUCAAACAGGAAAGAGAAUUUUUCCCCUCAGAGGAGGAGUUCUCGUGCUCUAAACCGCAAAUGAUUUCAGCUCACAGCUUCAAGCAGGAUUCUAACUGAUCAGUUGCGGCCUUUUUCUGUCCCUGUGCGUCAGUAUGAGGCACCCACAAGUCCCUGCAUGUGCAGGGAGGUAGAGGAGUUUGUUUCCUGUAUUGCAGGAAGCGCAGGUUGACAGGGUCGGUGCGUAGUUCCGGCCGUUAGAGGAAAGCUCAAGAAUGCUGUGCGCCCCCCACCGGGCUCCAACCCGCACGAGGUACUGCCAAUGUGACCUUGACACCAGUUGAGUGCGGAGGCCUUGGUAAACGCAGCUCUUCUGCCAGGGUGGGGCUGGGCGGGGGGCGGGGAACAUGGUCCCUCUGCUUGAGCUCAUUUCUUGGCUCCUGUCUCACUGCAGCUUGGCCAGGGCCACACACAGUAGUUCCUGCGACUCUCAGCGACACAGCCUGAAUGGACUUGCUCCCCACGCCCGGGUUCUCCUCCAGCACUCUCUGCCGUGCUGCCGUGACUGCCCGUGGCCUGCGCUUCACUCACAUCUUCCUUUAACUCUGGGUAAAACAGCUUUCUGUGGACAAGGUUCAAUCUCCAUCUGGACCUUUUUAAAGAAUGAGUUAAGGAUCCCCUAAUAUUCUUGGCACAGGCUUACACCUUAGAGUGAGGCCACCUUGGCCACAUCUGUCUUCUGUUGGUGACUUUUUGUUGAUCUGUAAACACAUAGGGUUUUUGGUCUGUCUGCUUUUGGGCCACUGGCUGAUGACAUGGCAGUUUUUUAUUUUCUCUUAAUGUGUCUUAAGCAGCUCAAAGAUUGGAUGUUACUUGUAUGCUGUAGGUUAAAAGAACAUAACUCAGCCCCAACUGAACUCCAUGGGUGGCUGCAUCAUUAUCUAGUUAUUGCUAGGGGUACAGCUGAACUCAGCUGGCUUCAGAAGCAGGGAACAGGGAACAAAACCAGCCUGACUUGAUUCCUGAAUAGAGUAGGCAUAAGAUACUGUCCUCUGCUGCUUUCCUUUGCCACAGUGUGAUUUGGUUGGGCCUAUUCCUAGCAGGUAAGGUCCUUCUAGUCUGUGCCCACCGAGGCAGGGAGAGGACAAGACCAAAAUGGCCAGAUGGGAGCAGAUGGCCCAUGGGAAGUCUGGGGGGAAGAAUACAGGGAACCACCCAUCAUUGCCAGUUAGCUUGUUUUUGACGUCUUGACAAAUGCAGAUCCUUUGCCCCAGUGCCAAGUCCCUUGGGCCCAUCAGAAUGAUUUGCCCCUUUCCACAGCCCCACUUCAAAGCCUGUCACCUCCAUGGCCUGUUCCUGCUCUGCUAAGCUAUUCUGAACAACUGUAGUAAUUUUCUGAAAGGCUGAGAAUUACAAAAUGAACACAGGGAGGCAUCCCUAGAGCUCAGGACAGAAAAAGUGCUCAGAGUGAUUUGAAAUCACCCCUUGCCAUUCACCAGCCAUGUGUCUUUAUGCAACUUAGCCUCUCAAAGCUGGUUCCCUUAUCUACCACCUAAGAACUGUAACAUCUUUGCUGGUUCUUGUGUGGACCAGCCAUGUCCAAAGUCUGGUGGGCAGUAGGCCUGGGGUCAUGGAAGCUCCUGAUUAUAGGCAGCAUCAUUAUGCAGGUCACGUGGGGCUCUUCUGUAGUUCAGGUAAGCAACAAAACCUCAGCAGGAGCCUCCUGAGGGACAGGGGCUGCCCCUGGGGUCUGGGUUUGCCUGGGUCCCUUCCUUUGCCUCUCAUGAUCCUCCCUAGUCACUUCCAGGUACCAUGUACCUUUGCCCAUUGUGCUCCCUGAGUGCUACUCCUUAAGUUUUUGAGUAGGUAAUCCCUUCAUGUAGUUCCAUAAAGUCUUCCUUGCAUCCCUGACCUGGCAAGACCAACUUUAUCAGCUCUUGAACUCCCACUCUUAGUUUGUUCCAGGUAGAUCCUUCCAGUGACCAUUUAUGCAUAUACAGGUAAAUACGCACGCAUAUGUGUGCUUGUGUGUGUACAUAAUUUUUUUUUUAACUUAUGUGAUACAAGUAUAUCCAAGGAGCAUUCCUAUUCAUGGGGGAAGAGCCAUCCCAGAAGGCAGAGUAUCUGUAAAAGGUGAGCCCAUAAUUGGGGGAUGUCUUUGCAAUCACAUUCCUUUUUGAAUAAGGCAUUUUUUUAUUGAUUGCAGCAUACUGGAAUUCUAGUUUUCCAUACAAAGCAGAAACAGCAAUCCCUCCGUGGCCCUUACCACACAGAUGCUCAGAUAAUAUGCGAGUACAACCAGUUUCCAGACUGUCUUUCUGGCCUGUGACAGAGGACACUCAAGAGCAGGUUCUGCUCUGUUGCUGACAGCAGCAAUGCAGGCCUCUGGUCCAAGUCCAGCAGCCUUUGCAGGGCCUGGACAAGCUGCCCCCACCCCCACCAAACCCCAUCUGACAGGGUGAUGUCUGGCUACAAGUGCCAUGAUUUCUUAGGCGAGCUCCUUUGUUUUUUUGAGGCAGGGGUUUGAGAAGCAGCAGCAACUGAAGCCUGAGGCAGCCUUGGGCGGGGGGGGGGGGGGGGGGUGAUGUCUCAGAUGAUACUAAGCAGGUAGAUGGGCAGUCUCCUCCAAAUUAACCAUAGAUACACACUUCAGUGUCCUAUUCAAGGUCAUGCACUCUGCUCCCUUUCCCGCCCCACUUUAUGCACACAUUAAAAAGAAAAUGCUUCCCACAGAAUUUUCUCCAUUUGACAAUAGAAAUUACUCCACUAGUCACCUUUUCUUUGAAGAAAAAAAAAAAAAGGUCUUAAGUCCACUUUUGCCCCUGCAGGAGAUAGAGUUGCUUCCUCCAGGCAGCUCUGCGGGGAGGGGCAUGGACUCCUGCCUUGGUCCUUGCCAACUUGCCUGGCGUCCUGCCUUCUUCCCUUGGAUUAAAAGUGCAGCUUGGGCCCCUAACCUGAAACUUGAAAGGAAUUGUAUGUGAAAAGCCACUUUCUGUUACUUGAGUAUCUUGUUCUGGGUUAGAAUGUCUUCCACAUUGGCUAUUAAGAAUUUUAAGUAAAAGAGAUGAAUGUGUCUCAAUUCACAAUGUCUAAAUUCUGGUGAAAUCUGCAGUUCAAAACUGGAAAUGGUUCUUUAGUAGAUAAGACGAACGAAAGAUCCCAUAUGCCAUGGAAUGUGCUUCCAUUUGAGUGAGAAAAACAGGAGAAAAAUGGGGCUCGUUCAGUUUGUUCCCCUUUAGAGCCCAACUUGUUGCAAGAUGCAAAUAGUUUUGUUCCACUUUUAGACCAAGCAUCGCACCCUUGGCUUACCAACCUAGUACUCACUUCUGUGGCUCUAGGGUCAGGGAGAACACCCACCCUGCUUCAGGGACAUGGACCUCGAAUGUGGUCCCCACCAGUGUCAAGGGACCUGUCUGUAGUUUGAUGAAACUCCUUUCUGCUCCCCGUGCCAGUACAAGCCUGGGGGACCUGCAUCUAGGGCCAGCUGCACUGUCCUUCCAUGUGCCCCUUCCCUCACAGGCCCUGCCAGAGCAGGCAGGGCCAAGAUUAGGGAAGUCUCUCCUGGCGAGGGCCUGGUCUUCCAAGAGUGUUCCUGAUACUGUCGUCUCUGCGUUUCUUGACAUCAUUGCCAGGAAUGGGGUAGUUUAAAUCCUGUAGUUUAUUUAGCCCCUCUGGGUUUUAUUCACUAGAUCUUGUAUAAUUCCCUCAAAAAAAAAGGUUUAUGAAAUGCUGAGCCUCAGGUUUCAUAGACGUGUUUGUACACUAAGAAUUCUGCAGCAGAAUAUUUUUAAACAUUCGCAGUUUUUGUAAGCUAUAUUUUUGUAUAUUUAAUUGCUAUUUUAAAAUUUUAAUGCAUUUUGGGCUAAUUACUCCUGUUUUCAAAACAAAACAUGCAUGUAAUUGAAGUAAACAGAUGUAAAUAAACAGGUUUUGAAAAUAA